UGGAAGCUCUCCGGGGGCUAGAGCUUCCGGAGUAGGAGGGAGGGCUGAGGUGACCCCGGGAGCCGGAGCCGAGGCUGAGGCUGAGGCCGAGGCCUCAGAGACGGCCGCAGCAAUGGGUGCGCACCUGGUUCGACGGUACUUUUUGGACUCGGAGGUGGAGCCCGACCCGUUGCAGAUGCCCACCUUUCCCCCGCAUUAUGGCUUCCCUGAACGCAAGGAGCGAGUGAUGGUGGCCACACAGCAGGAAAUGAAUGAUGCACAACUACUGCUGAAACAGCGGGAUUACUGCGCACACCAUCUCAUCCGACUACUCAAGUGUAAGCGGGACAGUUUUCCAAAUUUCCUGGCCUGUGGCCAUGAGAAGCACAUCUGGGACCUCUGCGAGCAUCAAGACUAUGUGAGCCGCAUGAAAGAGUUUGAGCGGGAACGGCGUUUGCUGGCACGACAGAAGCGGCAGGCGAAGAGCAAGUCUUCAGAGUGAAAAUACCCAUGAUUAUACUAAGACCCCAGCUCUGUCCCCAUAAUCAUGUACCAGCUGGAUAAAUAAAUACUGUUUUGAACUUCCAGGCCCCUUCAAAGGCCUGUAUUUGCCAUCACAAGCACCACCUAUCUGUUUAUUGGGGCCUCAAGGCCUUCUUUGACCAGCUCCCAACUCUAAUUCCCCUCUCCCCAUUUGGCUCUCUCUGGUGCUUGAAGCAUUUUGGGAAAAGGCAGAGGUCCCCAGGUAGGGUAUGCAUGACCUCUGAAGUCUGCACUCUACCUAACGACUGUCUUGAAUUUUACAAGAUUUCUCUGCUUUCAACUAUACCAUGAUUGGAGGAGCCUUCCAGCCAGCACCCAUGUUUACCCAUUUGUGUCUCUUAACUUCCUCAAGCUGGGUAGGCAUCCUAAUGUUUAUUUUCUUUGCUAUACAAGGGAAACGCCUUCAGUGAGCUGGAUGAGGCUUCCGUGUAAGACUUGUAUAAACACAGACUGCAGUCACACAAGAUUAGGUUGUCUGUAAGUACCCUUAACAAUUAAGCUAUUAAAAGUGUAUUUCACCAG